CAGAGACAAAAGGCGGCACGAACACUGGAAGAUUUCCGAUGACGAGUCUCCCGCUGCCUCCGAGUCUGUUGCUUCUGCUUGCGCUAGCCGCGUCUAUCAACGUCUGCGCAGAAGCGAGCACCCGCACCCAAGCGCGAUUCUACUUGCCAGAGGCUACGCAGGAACAGAAGCUGAAACCAGUGCUGCAGCGGUUGGAGGCGCUCGGUAUCUCGCAGUUUCGAGCCGCUGACGCCCAGGCCUCUUGGGGAAGGCUACUGUCCGACAGCUCAGAGUUUGACCUCGUCUGGAGUACGGCAGCUGCGCCGCCAUUCCUGCAACUGGAAUUUCCGCAUCAAUUCGACGCCAAGGUGAACCAUCUACCGGGUGCGGAGAAGAUCACUUCGCCCGACGCGCUUGGCCAACACUUGGCAGCGCAGCAGAAAGAGCACGCGAAGUUCUUCUUUGAUUUUGUACCGCUACACUUCGAGCUGCCGCGCGAUCAGACCCAGCUGACCAGCGCAUACACGGCAGCGCGAAAGAAAUCCGAUUUCUCGCCCAAACGCGGGCGCGAUUCGCACGUACACCGGCGCUUUUUGCUGCGUGAGCGCGCUCCUAACGGCGAUGACGACUCGAUCACACGCGCUGAAGUUUUUGUUACGGAUGAAGAUUUGCAGUUCAAGCUGCAGUCGAGUACAUUCAAGGGGAAGACAGUGGUGGUGGAUCAGUACGUCGAGCCACUGCUGCUGGACAACCACAAGUUUCGUGUUGGUUUCUACGUGGCCGUGACGUCGACAGAUCCGCUUCGUGUUUACGUGUAUGACCACCCACUGAUCCAAAUUGCCAAGGGCGAGUAUCCGAGCAAGUUGAAGGUUGAGUCGGACCCAGCCGCCUACAACUUUGACCAGUACAUCGCUCCAUGGGAUUUUUUCGAUAUACAGGCAGAUUUCCAUGAGCUUCCGUCGGCUACUCGGGAAGGAACGAAUGCUUGGCAUGUUCUAAAGAAAUAUUUACGGAGACAGGGAGUCGACACGAAGCAUUUGCAGGAUGAUAUGGAAGCUGCGAUCGCCAAGGUUGUGCUCAGCAACCGUGGCAACUUACAAGGCGAGCAAGCCAAGAUGAAGCGCUCAGCCGCACCUGAAGUUGAGUCUACUCCGACUGAUCUCAGUGAUAGCUUCUUCGACCUGUGGAGGUUCGACUUUGAGUUCGACGAUAUGGCCAAGCCGUGGCUUGUUCGUGUGGUUUCUAAUCCGUCGAUGGAAGGCACGCAGUCCGUACUCGCUACGGACGAGGCUAUCAAGAAUCGUUUGUUGCACGACCUACUUAAUCUAGUGGGUGUUCAUCCUCAGGCCCGCCUUCCGUUCGAGAAGUUCUAUCGCCCGGCGGCUGAUACUAGCUUUUGCUCCGACAAGUGCCGUGACAAGAAUCGUGCUUGGGACACUUCGUGCUGGUCUUGCCCUGGGUGGUUUGCCCCCAAUGUUGCACGCAAACUUUUCACAGCAACAACCGAGUACGCUCGACGAGGGGGUUUCAAUCUCAUCUUCCCGUCGUUGGAACAAGAACUGUCCAAGUUUAUGGAUACUGAGCUUACCGAGUUUGACAUCGCGUUCGAUCGGUAUCUGAAGUCUCUUUCCAGCGGGUACUCGAAUCUGGAGGACUUUCCGGCGUCUGAUCGUGCUGUCGUGUGCGUGUACCGUGAGCACUGCAGUAACCAUGGCGAUUGUGUAAACGGUAUGUGCUUGUGCGACAGCAACUACGAAGGUCGAACUUGCUACAUUCCAAAAGACUUUGACCAAGCAGAACACGUUCAGCACGAGACUGGAGAUACAGGAGGGCAGGAUGCCGAGACGUGGAAGGAGAAAGUUGAGAACCUUGUUUGGAACCGUGGAGACGCACCUGAAGGUCCCAAACGGCCAAUGAUUGGGGUUGCAGACACCUCAGUGUCUGGCAUGGUGUUCCUGCUGGUUCUGCUGUGUGUUCUUCUGUUCGUGAUAUAUCGGGUUUUCAUUGCGCAAGAGUCUGGCACCGACCUUCCUCACGACGGGAAGGCCAUGUAGCUCACUUCACGCUAUGUAGCCAUGUUUCAUUCUAACAAUUAUCCGAUAGAUCACACCUUUGCAUUGUUA